AUGCGGUCAGCCGCGCUCCGCCUCGCUCCCUCUCGCUCCGCUGCGCUCGGGCCUGUUUACUGAGCGCGCGUGUGGGCCGGCCGUUCCAUCUUCCCCACCCGACAUUGAUCACCCUCGACAGCUCGUACGCAGCUAGUGAGUAAUCUUUGACCGACAGUGAGUGGCCUGACGGGCUAUGUAGUAGUCUGUCUUCCGUAUAGGCUCGUGCGGGUUGCGGUCACCUCUCGAGUCCCCGCCAGUGUAUCCGCUAUUGUCGUGUCGCUUUGCCACUUCUGAUCGUCAUUAUAGACCAAUCCGUCGCCGACCACGCAACCGGAUCGCCGACCGUGCGACGACACGCCAGUCGAGGCAACUCGCCGCAGACGCCCAUGAUUGAUGGCGAUCGAAUGGCCACCAUGUAGUCGCUGAUCGUCGCGUCGGCAUCGUGCAGUGCCCGUGCAGCUUCCUACGAUUCUAUACGACCUGCCGCGCAACCCGGCGAUCGCGGUCGGCCUGCCCCUGACCGUCGGCUGGCUCACAGGCCUCAUCACCCGCACCUCCGUGCAAGCUUGGUACCCUUCGCUGCGCAAACCGUCGCUGCAGCCGCCUCGUUGGGCGUUCCCCGUGGCGUGGACCUUCUUGUACGCCUCGAUGGGCGCGGCGUCGCAUCUCCUUGUUGCCGCGUACGAUAGCUCGCUGCCAGGCAGUGCCGCUCGAUUCGCCGCCGAUCAUGCUCUCAAGCUGUACUGGUUACAAUACGGUCUCAAUCUUUUAUGGUCACCGACCUUUUUCGGACUGCGACAGAUCACGAUCGCCAACGUCGACAUCAUUCUUCUCCUGGCAACUCUGCUCAGACUCGCGCCCGCUGCGUUCAAAGUGGACCAAAGGACCUUAUUCGCCUUUGGCCCUUACGUCGCCUGGAUCUCGUUCGCGACUUAUCUCAACAGUGAGUACUAACAUUUCAAUUUCACCAGAUCAUCGGCUGCAGCGCACCGCUGAUGCUGACCCGCUGCAAACUCGACCCCAGGCAGCAUCUGGUGGCUCAACCUUGGGCCCGGCUCCAAACAACUGCGAAAAUAG